CUGCCGUGUGACUAGAAAUUGUAAUCGCAGAGAAAGGGAGAGAGGCAGAGCCGGGAGAGGGACGAGGCAGGCCCCAGGACAGACAGACAGACAGUAGGAACCUGACUGAGCCAGGCUCCUGGCAAUGACAGGGUGACAGGACAGUGGAGGAGGAGGACAGAUAGAGAAGGGGUCUGGUGGUCCUCAGGGAGGCAAGACAGAGUUGGGGAGCUGGGAGAGGGGCAGAAGCUGGGUCUGGGAGUGGAGAGAAGGAAUCUGGUGUGGGGGGACUAAGGUGGGGGGCACAGGACCGGAGGAGGCGAGGGCUUGCUUGUGUGGUGGCCAAGAGAAGAAGGCCAGGCUCCCCUAGAGGGUGGGAAGGGCGACAGACGAGGGGGGGGUGCAGGGAGACCCAAGACACCCCUGCGCCCCCCCCCAGCACAAGCCCAGCGGGAAGCAGCGAGAAGCUGGGGUGGCAGGGCCUUGGGGCAACUGCAGACAUGCGGAGGGGGGGGCCUGGGGCACAGAGAGAAGGCAUCGGAAGCCAAGCCACCAGGCCCCCCAGCGUGCCCUCGGAGUAUGAACAUUGAGGAUGGCGCACGCCCACACUCGUGGCUCCCCGUGCCCCCUGCUGCCGCCUGGUAGGAUGUCCUGGCCCCACGGGGCUCUCCUGCUCCUGUGGCUUUUCUCCCCACCCCUGGGGGCCGGUGGGGGCGGUGUGACCGUGACCUCGGCCGCUGGAGGAGGCUCCCCGCCAGCCACCUCCUGCCCGGCAGCCUGCUCCUGCAGCAACCAGGCCAGCCGGGUGAUCUGCACUCGGAGGGAGCUGGCCGAGGUGCCUGCCAGUAUCCCUGUCAACACCCGCUACCUGAACCUGCAGGAGAACAGCAUCCAGGUGAUCCGCACGGACACGUUCAAGCACCUCCGGCACCUGGAGAUCCUGCAGCUGAGCAAGAACCUGGUGCGCAAGAUCGAGGUGGGCGCGUUCAAUGGGCUGCCCAGCCUCAACACACUGGAGCUCUUUGACAACCGGCUCACCACGGUGCCCACACAGGCCUUUGAGUACCUGUCCAAGCUCCGGGAGCUGUGGCUGCGCAACAACCCCAUCGAAAGCAUCCCAUCCUAUGCCUUCAACCGUGUGCCCUCACUGCGCCGCCUGGACCUGGGCGAGCUCAAGCGGCUGGAGUACAUAUCGGAGGCGGCCUUCGAGGGGCUGGUGAACCUGCGCUACCUCAAUCUGGGCAUGUGCAACCUAAAGGACAUCCCCAACCUCACAGCGCUUGUGCGCCUGGAGGAGCUGGAACUGUCAGGGAACCGGCUGGACCUAAUUCGCCCGGGCUCCUUCCAGGGCCUCACCAGCCUGCGCAAGCUGUGGCUGAUGCACGCCCAAGUGGCCACCAUCGAGCGAAAUGCCUUUGACGACCUCAAGUCGCUGGAAGAGCUGAACCUGUCCCACAACAACCUGAUGUCGCUGCCACACGACCUCUUCACGCCCCUGCACCGCCUGGAGCGCGUCCACCUCAACCACAACCCCUGGCACUGCAACUGCGACGUGCUGUGGCUCAGCUGGUGGCUAAAGGAGACGGUGCCCAGCAACACCACGUGCUGUGCACGCUGCCACGCGCCAGCCGGCCUCAAGGGCCGCUACAUCGGCGAGCUGGACCAGUCACACUUCACCUGCUACGCCCCGGUCAUCGUGGAGCCACCCACAGACCUCAAUGUCACCGAGGGUAUGGCUGCUGAGCUCAAGUGCCGCACCGGCACAUCCAUGACCUCCGUCAACUGGCUGACACCUAACGGCACACUCAUGACGCAUGGUUCCUACCGUGUGCGCAUCUCGGUCCUGCACGACGGCACGCUCAACUUCACCAACGUCACCGUGCAGGACACGGGCCAGUACACGUGCAUGGUGACAAACUCGGCCGGCAACACCACUGCCUCGGCCACGCUUAAUGUGUCAGCUGUGGACCCUGUGGCCGCAGGGGGGGUAGGGGGCGGGGGCCCCGGGGGUGGGGGCGGUGCAGGGGGCGCGGGCGGCUACACCUACUUUACCACGGUGACCGUGGAGACACUGGAGACGCAGCCGGGUGAGGAGGCUCAGCAGCCCCGGGGUACUGAAAAGGAGCCCCCGGGGCCCACGACCGAUGGCGCGUGGGGCGGCGGCCGGCCUGAUUCCGCAGCCCCGGCCUCGGCGUCCACCACGGCGCCGGCCCCGCGCUCCUCGCGGCCCACGGAGAAGGCGUUCACGGUGCCCAUCACGGACGUAACAGAGAACGCGCUUAAGGACCUAGACGACGUCAUGAAGACCACCAAAAUAAUCAUCGGCUGCUUCGUGGCCAUCACCUUCAUGGCCGCUGUGAUGCUGGUGGCCUUCUACAAGCUGCGCAAACAGCACCAGCUGCACAAGCACCACGGGCCCACGCGCACUGUGGAGAUCAUCAACGUGGAGGACGAGCUCCCCGCCGCCUCCGCCGUGUCGGUGGCCGCGGCCACCGCGGUGGCCGGAGGCGCGGGCGUGGGCGGGGACAGUCAUCUGGCCCUUCCCGCGCUGGAGCGAGACCACCUCAACCACCACCACUACGUGGCGGCCGCCUUCAAGGCACACUACAGCGGCAACCCAGGGGGCGGGUGCGGGGCCAAAGGCCCCGGCCUCAACUCCAUCCAUGAACCUCUGCUCUUCAAGAGCGGCUCCAAGGAGAACGUGCAAGAGACACAAAUCUAAACCCGGGCCGGCAGGGACGCAGGACGCCUGCCCGGGAUGCUCCUGCUUGCUGCGCAGCCCGGCGGCGCUGGCGGUCCUGCACCAGGAAAGGACCUGGAGAUCAGGAGAGGGGGCCCCGCCCUCCGUCCUCUGCCCACCAGCCCUGCCCGCCACCUUCAGGGGACAGGAGCUUCUUCUAGGAGUGCUCUUUCCCCCAUCCCAACCCUCCUUUUAUGGCUCUUUCUUUUUUCUUUCUUUUUUUGCAGUUUGACGCCUGUCCUUCCCUCUUACUCCUCCACUCUCAAAACACAAGAGACAGACAACUUCACCAGAGCCCAAGGGGCAACUCCGACAGUGUCCCCAACAGGGAGCUCUACUCGCGGCCCUGGCCGGCCCCACCCGCCCCACAGACUCUUUUGAUACUGAAGGGAGGUUUGCGUCAAUCACUACCUGCUCUGUAAUUACUUUAAAAAAAAAACAUGGAAAAAGUAAAAAAAAAAAUUUGGUCAUGAAA